CAGGAGCGGGAGUUUUGCUUUCGUGCUUUUUUUUGGGGGGGGGGGUUGCCUUUCCCCACACCUUGGCACCUCGCCCCCAUAUUGUCUUCCCCGUCUUCGGUUCCCCCUCCACCUCUUCCUGACCCUCGAGCCCAACCUGACUCCUCCCUUCCACGCCCCCCUCUCUCUCCCCGGUUGCUCUUCUGCGCCUAUGGUGGGCCACAGAGGGGCCGGGCCCCCCAUCCUGACAGAGAGUGACAGCCAAGAGAUUUUUGCCCUCAGUCGCCGAACUUCUCUAAUGUUUAACUUGGCGCUGCUGACAACCCAGCGUAUCCGGGACGGGAGGGGAGGGAGGAGGGAGGGAGGGAGAGAGCCUGAGGAAAAGGCGCCCGCCGCUGCUGUUUCUUCCCCUUUUACAUAUUGAUUUCCCUGGAAGCCAAAGAACCGGCAGGAACUUCCCGCAAUGAAGACGAUAGUAAAGUGCUUAUUAGGGCUUCUUGCACUUGGAGUUAUCAUUACAGUCAUAGUUGUUCCAGUAGUUUUGCUAACAAGGGAAGAUUCCGAUAUCCGUAGAAAAUUUUCUUUGGAGGAUUAUUUGAGUGGUGAUUUUCAGUACAAAUCAUAUAAUGUGCGGUGGAUGUCAGAUCAUGAGUAUGUCUACAAAAAUCAGAACGAUGUUUUCCUGUACAACAUUGAUGAUGGAAAAGAGUCUUUAAUCUUAUCAAAUGACACAUUAGACACUUACAAUAGUUCUGAGGCAAUAUUGUCACCUGACAAAAAAUUUGCUCUUCUGCGAUACAAUUAUGAGAAGGUGUGGAGGCACUCAUACACGGCAUCAUACCAUAUCUAUGAUCUAAAUAACAGAACAAUAAUAACUGAGAACCCACUUCCUACAACUAUCCAGUAUAUAUCAUGGUCACCUGUUGGACACAAACUGGCUUAUGUUUACCAGAAUAAUAUUCAUGUGAAAACAACACCAGCCGCCAGUGCUAUUGAAAUCACUCAGAAUGGAGCCGAAAACAAAAUUUUAAAUGGAUUAGCAGACUGGGUAUAUGAAGAGGAAAUGUUUGGCACCCAUUCUUCUCUGUGGUGGUCUCCAAAUGGCAGUUUUUUGGCGUUUGCAGAGAUUAAUGACACGGAAGUUCCUGUUAUUGAGUAUUCGUUUUAUUCAGAAGAUACACUGCAAUAUCCAAAGACCAUUAAAAUCCCAUAUCCUAAGGCAGGUGCUAUCAAUCCAACAAUAAAACUAUUUGUUGUGGAUAUUCUAGACCUUCCCUCAAAAAAUAUCUCAGAAAUUGUUGCACCAGCUAGUAUAAUAUCAGGGGAUCACUACUUGAGUGUUGUAACAUGGGUGACUGAUGAACGAAUCUGUCUGCAGUGGCUUAGAAGGAUUCAAAACUUUUCUAUGCUCACCAUCUGUGACUACUCUGGUGGUGUAUGGCAGUGCCCAAAGGAAAGGGAGCAUAUUGAAGAAAGUAAAACUGGCUGGGUUGGCAGAUUUCAGCCAUCAGAACCUUUCUUUGCUUCUGACAAAAUUAGCUACUACAAAAUUAUCAGUGAUUCACAAGGAUAUGAACAUAUUCACUACACCGAUAGCGCAGGCAAAGUUAAACCUAUUACAAGUGGAAAAUGGGAAGUAAUCGAUAUAGCUGCUGUAACAAAUAACAGCCUAUACUUUAUUAGUAAUGAAUUUGAUGGUAGACCAGGAGGAAGACAUCUUUAUAAAGUGGACUUAAAAAAUGGCUUUCAAAAAACAUGUAUCACUUGUGAUUCAAAGGAGGAAGCAUGUCAGUAUUUCUCUGUAUCCUUCAGCCCAGAUGCAAGAUACUAUAAACUGAAUUGUUACGGUCCUGGCCUGCCCUACUUCACCUUGCAAAACAGCAAUACAGGCAAAGAAGUUAAGAUCCUAGAAAAUAACGAUAAUUUGAGAAAUGUAUUGAAAGAAAUUCAGAUGCCCAGCAAAAGACUGAGAAAUAUUACUCUGGAUGGACAAACAUACUGGUAUCAGAUGAUAUUGCCUCCUAAUUUCGAUGAGUCAAAAAAGUAUCCCUUGCUCGUUGAUGUAUAUGCAGGACCUGGUAGUCAGAAAGCAGAUGCUGUCUUCCGGAUCAACUGGUCUACGUAUCUGGCAAGCUCCGAAGGGAUUAUUGUGGCUAGCUUCGAUGGUAGAGGAAGCGGUUUUCAAGGAGAUAAAAUUUUGCAUGCAAUAUACCGAAGACUGGGAACCUAUGAAGUUGAAGAUCAGAUCUCAGCAGCCAAGCUAUUUUCCGAAAUGAGCUUUGUUGAUAAGGACAAAAUGGCUAUUUGGGGCUGGUCUUAUGGAGGCUAUGUAACUUCCAUGGUCCUCGGAGCCGGAAGUGGUGUAUUCAAGUGCGGAAUAGCUGUGGCACCUGUCUCACGCUGGCAAUAUUAUGAUUCUAUAUAUACUGAACGCUACAUGGGUAUGCCUGAAAAAAAUGAUAACCUGGAUUUCUAUGAGAGCUCUACAGUUAUGGCCAGAGCAGAAAAAUUCAAAAUGGUUGACUAUCUCCUGAUCCAUGGAACAGCAGACGAUAACGUUCAUUUUCAGCAAGCAGCCCAGAUUUCAAAAGCUCUGGUUGACGCACAGGUGGAUUUCCAAGCAAUGUGGUAUACAGAUAAAGAUCAUGGAAUUGGAGGACAUGCCCACAGCCAUAUUUACCAUCACAUGAGUCAUUUUAUCAAACAGUGUUUUAAAUUGCCAUAACAUUGGGAGUGCCUUAUCUAUGCAAAGCUGGGUAACUUCUGAAGUUUUAAGUGCACUUUUCUAGUAAAUUAAUUGUCUCAUAUUUCAUUGGAUGACACAGUCAAUUUAAUUUGUGCGGACACUUGAAUGAAGAAAACGUAAUUUUUCUUUCUUUCUGCAAUUACCUGCAGGGAUGCACUGAGCACAAACCAAAGAACUACAAAGCUCUAUCGUUCUUGUAGGAGCUGCUCCAUUCUUUUCUUUUAUUUCCCUCAAGAACUAUUUUGCAUAAUAGUGUUUUAAAAAUGCAAGUUUCCUUGCAGUAAGCAACCAUUGCCUUGGGUGCCGAAAUAUGCCUUAAUCUUUUCUAUAUGGAACUGCUGUUCUUUUGAAACAAGGCUUAAUCCAGGUUCAUCAGCUGUUCAUUACAAGCCAGGAAAAAAAAUAUACUUGAAUUCUCUGCUUGAGUUCUCUCCGUAUUAAUUUUAGGUGAAAAUUUAUUGUUUCAAUAAGUAUCAGUUUUUCUUUACCUAAACUUGUGUGUCAGCUCUCUAUAAAUAUGUGGAUUUCUACCAAAAUAAACAGUAGCUGAUACAGGGAACCUGUGAUGGGAGAGCUUUGCAAUCAAGCUUCUUGCUUAAACAGAGAGGGAAAAAUCACCGUGCCCUAGAAGCUUCUAACUUCUUUAAAGUCAAGAUGGCCAUUUUAUAGGAAUAUGCCGCCAAAUAGGAGGAAAGGAGAGAGAGGAACAUUAAAGUGGUUUUUUUCUCUUGAACAUUUGGGGGGGGGGAAUUCCAGGAGACACUCUAGAACCAGCAAGUCAGACUACUUCCAGAACUGUUGCAAAUGAUAAUAACCUAACAAUGAAAAUACCAGCUACUUGAAUUGUUCCCAUUGGGCAGUUAGGAGACAAGGGCUGGGGCCACCUCACCAAGGGCUUCCAUGAAUCUGUUCCAGUGAAUGAUGCCAGGCUUCCACCUUGAGAAUGGCAGGACACUUGGGGAAAAAGCAACAGGUGUUACAUCUGGGUAAUAAAAGGGAUUUUAUUACAGCUGUUGGAGCCAGCAAGCAGCCAAUUCUCUCCCUUCUGCUUUCUAUAUGCUUGCUAUACCAGAUGAUCUCACGUUUCCCAUCUCCAACAUGUAUCCAGUACAGUGGAAAUUGUUUUUCCUGUUUUGACUAGCCCACACAUAGGCAGCAUUUCCAGUGAUACUCCUUGCAGUGGGUUCCAGAUUGGGUGAGAGUGAUUGUGAAUAUCUAAUCUGCCUGAAAUGCACAUUCAUAAACAAUCGCUAGAAGACACCCAUGGUUUUCACAGAAUUGAGAAUGAGGAGUGAGAUUAGAUGCCACAGGGUGAGAAAUUAGCACAGGAAUUGGAACCAGAUUGCCGACAACUGAGCCAGUAGAUAUUUAGUCUCUGUAUUAAUCAUACCUCAUUUGGAUUAAUAUCACAUUUAAGACCGUGGUACAUGUUUGGUUCUCUGUAUGAUAUAAUUAUAUGUACCCAUCAUACAUAGGAAUCAUGAAGACAGCAAUAAAAGUCUAAUUCCUCUGUUAUGGUGAGUAAUAUAAUUUUUGAGAAUGGGAUGCAAAACAUGGUUUGAGAACUUUUCUAUGCAUGAAAUUCAUGUUGGAUGAAUGUAAUUUGUUAGCACAAUCCUCUAAAAGUUCACUAUGGUUAAAAAGGAAUCUGUGGAGAUUGUUAAAAUAGAUUGCCUUGCAAAUGUUGUAUUUUAACUGUAAUGCAAUAAAAUCAUUUUCUACUACCAAA